AGUCGUCCGGCAUAAUAAUAAAAAAGUUGUAAGUGACCGCUGGCUGUUCUUGAUUGCUCUUUUGGAGAAAGCAGCAGACACUGUCCGCUUGGAAGCCAAUGCGUUAGACAGAUCACCAAUACUCGGUUACUGUUUGUUGCAACAAAAACCCAGCCUGUCUCGUACAGCUUGAUCAGAAUGGAGGCCGCGGAUGAAUCCAAUCCUAUGCGUGCUCGUCACCAGCCCAGGUCCUGUGCUGGACCCUCGCUGAGCUUCGUGCAGGCACGAAGCACUGGCGAGGCGUCUGGUGUCGACGAAGUAGAUGAUCUGCUCCUGGAGCCAACCACCACAGCCGUACAAGAGGCUGCUGCUACACCGGGAUUCGACAGCGGCCACAUGUGUCUCUCGUUUUCCAAGUCGUCGUCCAGUUCGCUACUCUCCAACUGGGGUUCCAGCAGUCGGUCGUCCUUUCACCGGGAUGUGCUCGAUUGGGAGAAGCCGAUGGCAAUGGUCACCCUGGACCAUAUCAUGAACCACUUCAUCGAGGCCGUACGUCUCCAGCCCGAGCUGAUCGAAUCCCGGGCAAUAUUCAGGUGCAUCGCGUGCAGCCUGGGUUGCAGUAAUCCGGACGCUGAGCGCUUCGCGACCGAGUCGUCCAGUCUUCCCGAUGCCUUGGACCAUUGCUUGAUGGCGUGGCGGCGAAAUGUGCAGCACCAGGAUCCGUCCUCUCUCGAGGAAAUGCUGAGCAAGGCAAUUGAAAAAACUUAUAGAGACAACUUGUUCCGCGUAUACACAGGUGUGAGACGUCAAAUUAUGGAACGAUCGCCAUGAUCUUAAAUUAACGGAGACCGAUCACAGGCAACGAAAUCAGAUAACAACAGCGAACGGUCUCAAGAGCCUGGCCCACCCUGCUCCAGCACUACAGAUCCAGUAGGGUAGCUCACAUCCACUGACUACUUAAUUAUGCUAGUCCAUGCAUAAGAUAAGACUACUAAGAGCUCAGCGCUGGCCAAGCUAGUGUACUGAGCGCCACCAGUACCAUGGUAGCGACACUGUGACCCAUCUAUCACGGUGACCCUACAAUGAAUCGGAUGAUCACCAGACUCAGCUACCGUCCCUGCACGUUUUGGACACUGGAAACUUGAAAGCCACGGAGUCGUAUCCAGCUCUGCGAAUUCAACGCGGAAUCGCGGAUGCAUGCAAGUGCCCAGGAUGAUCCUUGAGAGUGGCAUCGGCGCACCGUCACCCAAGCCUGCUGCGGGCUCAUCGCUAGAAAAGCACAGAUGUUUGUGGCACUGAGAAGUCAGCUGUUUGAUAGCUGGCGAUGGCACAACUGCUGAGCAGAUGGUACUCUCCCCGAUCGUGAUCAAAUAUUUCACAAAGAAAAGGCCAUUCAGUGUGAGCAUCCUGCAGAUAUGUUAUCUUUUAUUUUGUUUUGUUUGUAUUUAACCAGCAUGACACAGCGCGGAACCAGGCUAUCAUACUGCUGCAGCAAGAUCACGCAGCUCUGUACUGUAGCCCACCUCGAGCUGUUUCACCGUGAUGUACAGAGCAGACGAAGCUCAUGACGUGCACGUUGAUAACAGAUAAUGGCGGUCCUGCAAGACUAUGUGGACCAUGGACAUUACACAUAAACACACACACACACACACACGCACAAAACACACGCACAAAACACACGCACAAACACACGCGCAUAUACAUAACGUUACAUGUAAAUACACACACAAACAUGCGUACUCAUGAAUAUGUCUCGAGUCACUUUUUAAAUGUCAUUACCUUUUCACUUGAGUGGCUAUGAUAACUCAAGAUUUUUGACUACAUGUACUGAGUGACGAUGCAAACCUCCACUAUAUGUAUACUAGCUUUGUUUAUACCAGUGUGUUUAAUUCAGUCCUCAUGUUGUCCUAGGGCCAUCCAAUACUAUCGAUAAUUUUCAAGUCGAUAAUUGCAUGUGAAAGA